AUGGCGAAGAGCAUCCCGCAGCUCAUCGAGAGAAGCCCGAAGACGUUACCCCGCUCGGCUGAUUACCUGUGCAUCAUCACGUUUGUGAUGGGGGUCAGCAUACACCUGGUGAGAGACUCCAUCAACCACAGACUCCUGCUUAGCGGAUAUCAGCUACACCUGUCUGUCCGAGAAAAUCCCAUCAUGAAGAAUCUCAAACCAGAGAGGCUGGUACCUAUUGAGUUGCUUCAAUAUUAUGAUGAGAGUCUGGGCAGCUGUAUGUGGCAUGUUCCUCUCUUUCUCAUCUUGUUCCUUUAUUUCACCGGCUGUUUCACUUUUGUCAAAGAUAAGAAGCAGAUGUCCACCUCCGCUUGGCUUCUCCUGGGUCCCAGUGGCCUUUACUUCUGGUAUCUGGUGACAGAUGGUCAGUGCCCGAUCUUCGUUCCCUUUAUUUUCACAUUUUUCCCCAUGACGGCCACAGUGAUGCACCAGAAGCGCAAAGGUUUUCUGCCGGAUGGAAACAGGCUGUUCUUGCUUUACAGUUUUUCGAUGUCUGUCGUGUUAGUCAUUAUGUGGGUCGCCUAUUUGUGGAACGACAAAGUGUUACGGAAGAAAUAUCCAGGUGUCAUGUAUAUACCUGAGCCGUGGGCCCUGUACACGCUACACCUGAGAGAUAAACAUGAGAUAAACAUGUGACAUUAACAAACUGAAUCUACGGUCUCACUUGAUGUGUAUUUUGCUUUUACAAUGGGUCAUAUUGCAAUAUUGAACUCUAAAUAUUUUGUUAAUUUCCAUGUAAAUCAUAC